GGCGUUUCUGCUGCUGUGAGAGAGAGUGUGUGCAACCAACAAUCUCCGUCAUCAUUCGUGAGCACUGCUUGCUGCACGGCUGCAUUUCUCCUGCACUCCCUCUGUUGUCUGCUCGCUGCUGUUUCUCUGUCUGUCUGUCUGUUUCUCUGCUGUGCCUCGCUCCCUCUCAGCCAAGAUGAUGCAGUGCCUGCGCACCACCACCCGCCGUGCCUUUGGCAGCGUUCGUGCUGCCAGCCGCCUCAAGCACACGCUGCCCGACCUCCAGUAUGACUACGGAGAGCUUGAGCCCGUCAUCUCCGCCGAGAUUAUGCAGCUCCACCACGCCAAGCACCACCAGACCUACGUCAACAACCUGAACGUUGCCGAGGAGCAGUAUGGCGAGGCCGUGCACAAGGGCGACCUCUCCAAGGCCAUUGCCCUGCAGAGCGCCAUCAAGUUCAACGGCGGCGGUCACAUCAACCACUCCAUCUUCUGGACCAACCUGGCCCCUCAGCGCCUCGGCGGCGGUGAACCCCCAUCCGGCGAGCUCAUGAAGGAGAUUGAGAAGACCUUCGGCUCCUUUGAGUCUUUCAAGGAGAAGCUCAACACCUCCACGGCAGCUGUCCAGGGCUCCGGCUGGGGCUGGCUGGGCUACAACAAGACGCGCAAGACGCUUGAGAUUGCCACGUGCCCCAACCAAGACCCACUCGAGGCCACGACAGGUCUGGUGCCGCUGCUCGGCAUUGACGUGUGGGAGCACGCCUACUACCUCCAGUACAAGAACGUCCGCCCCGACUACCUCAAGGCCAUUUGGGAGGUUGUCAACUGGAAGAACGUGGUCGAGCGCUACGAGGCCGCCAAGUCCGCUUGAAUGCCCUCGCUCGCAAAGGCAGCCAUCAUCCAUGCGUGAUGUGCAUGCAAGCCAACUCCCUCCACUGUUCCAAACACAACACACACACACACACACACACACACACACACACACACACACACAUGCACACAUGGCUCUCAAAGUAAACCAAUCCCCAACUCUGAA